AUGUUGCCCCGAAUGCUGGUCGGUUUCCUGGUCGUUGCCGUGCUUUUCUUUGCCAGUCUGUGCACCGCAGGAUGGUACGCCGUGAAAAUUGUCAUCGUCGCGUUUUCCGCCGCCGGUUCCUUGUAUUGCGGAGAGCACGACCGUUGCGACUGCGUCCAGGAGGAGAUCGCCGUACUUCGAAACGCAAGCCUCGCUCAAUGCGCGUGGGUCCAGGCGACACUGCUGCGCGAGAAAGCGGCUGAGGCCCUGGCCGCAUCAGGGUUGUCGCAGUGGCUGAAACUCUGCGAGAAUUGCGAGUGGCUCCCGGACAUUUGGUCACUGCUGGCACUGGCCUCUUUCCCAUCGACGAGUGACGUCACCGCGAAGCCCACCCCACACUGCGUGCCCUACGGCUUCUGCCGGCCCGCGGCGCUGUCCACUGCAGCCUCCAAGCCCUUGCCCACGACAGCCGCUCUUCCUCCGCGUCGAACUGGAGGUGCUCGCCGGGUGAGCGGCGGCUCGUCGCAUUCGUGGCCGCCGUCGAAGCGGAGGAGCGGGCCCGAGCCGCGGCCGGUGCCGUGGGGGCAGCCGCAUCUUGCGCCGGCCUCCAAGUGGGUCUUCGGGGAGCUGCUGCAGGAGUGCAGGCACGGGGCGUCGGUCACCUUCGACGUCGUCCUCAAGGAAAUAGCACCGACUCGGAGGUGUUCUGCAUCGUCGGCAAGUGGCGUCGGUCAGGUGAUCAAGGUGCUUCGCUUCGAGUACGUGGUGCGCCACCGAGACCUGGUGUUGGCCGAAGUGCGCGUGGGAAGCGCUCUGCAAGGCAUCGUGGCCAAUCUUCACAACACCACCGUGGGGCUUUCCAGAUUGCGGACGGCGUACUGCGUGUGGGGCAAGUACCCAGAAUUGUUGACCAGCGCCUGCCGCAGCUACCGGGAGCGGAAGGGCUCGGGCUACGUUACCGACGAUGACCACGACCUCUGUCUACCUUACGUGGUUCUGCACAUGACCUUCGCUGGCUGGCCUCUUAGCAACGUCACGCUCGAGAGCCCGUUGCAGCUGUGGUCGCUGGUGCAGCAGGUGGCGCUCACCCUGGCCGUGGCCGAAGAGGUGCUCGAGUUCGAGCACCGCGCCCUGAGCGAGGACCACGUGCUCGUCAAGAAGGCGCACCACGACGUGCUCACCUUCCGGCUCAACGGACGCAUGCUGCACGUGAACACGUUCGGCGUGCACGCCUUCCUCGUCGACUUCUGCGCGGCCCGCCUGCGCCCACUCGGAGGUAUACGUACAGUUCGCAUGUGUAGCGCCGCGAAACAACGCUUGUAUAGCAGUGAUAUAGCGCGCGUAAAUGGAACUUUAGCGCGUCUACAGAAUGUUGCUAUAUAAGCAUGCGCGCAGACUAGCAAUGAGGUCUGCGCUCACGAACGAGUAUUGAAGUAGUUGGUUAAGAUUCGUAUUGCCUGCGUCGCAAAAGGGGGCAGCCAUCUUGGAGCUGCACUGUC